CAUUCCGGGGUUUAUGGCACUACGUCCUUAGAGAACUUUUAUAUAUGCACGAGGCUUUUGAGUGUAUAUAUCUCAAUCCUCGAGAGUAUAUGAAAGUUGGAAAUAUGAAUGGUCCAGCAGCUGAUAAGUCCUACCACAAUACAGAAAUUUGUGACGAGACGAGCACGAGCAUGUUCGAGAGCGAGGAAGAAGAGAUCGCGAAAGCCCAUCCAACUAUAAACGGCAUAAACUACGAUCUCCCCCACGUCAUAGCUACGGCUACCCAUUUCCCGGGGGUAAAGCAUGUCGGAGGAGACAUGUUCAGAGAGGUGCCAUCCGCAGACGCUGUAUUCAUCAAGUGGGUAUUGCAUGAUUGGGGCGACGAGGACUGCGUGAAGAUUCUGAAACAAUGCAGAAAGGCUAUUCCAGAAUCAGGGAAGGUGAUCAUUGUGGAUGCGAUUCUGAAUGCCCGAGAGAAGACAGCGCUAGACCCUAGUUUGGGUUUUGUGUUUGAUCUGCUAAUGAUUGUGUUCUGCUCUGGUGGGAAAGAGAGAAGUGAGGAGGAGGGGAAGAAUCUGUUAAUGGAAGUAGGAUUUCCUCGUUUCAAUUUUAUUGCCAUACCAGCAUUGCAGUAAUUGAAGCUUUUCCUCAUUAGUCACUCUUGUGUAUCUAUCUAAAGUGAAAUGGGUUGCCUCACUUAUCAAUGCUACGUUUGCAUAUUCCCAGCCUCACAACCCACCAUCGCGAUAUUAGAUUACAAAUUCUAAGCAUAGUUUUCCUGUUUAAAACACGACACAGAUUGUCGUAGCUUAAGGAAGAUAUGGUUGUAAUAAAGACUGUGGAAGGCAGUCAGGCCACGUGAAAUGUUGUUGGAGAAAAACGAAGGAUACAUUUGUUGUGAAAUAAGACUUUUACAAUAUGUUGUCCUGUAUUAUAAAACCGUCAAAAAAUUCAUUCAUUAAGGGAAAGGAUUCAGUAGUUGAGUACA